AACUUUUGGCAGGGUAUUUUACCGAAAAUGGCCAUUGAGAUUUUUGGAAAGGAAGUAUACGUUUGUUUCUUUGCUCUGAGGUAUCUUCGUUUGAUACAAGGCGAAAUCGAUCUUCUUCUUCUUCUUCUUCAUCCCCUUGCGUUUUCCAUCUCCAUCGUCUGCUGAAACCAUUUGAUCGAUCUCUCAGGUUACUUAGAAUGGCACAAGAAGCCGAUGGGAUCAGAUUGGACCAAAGACAUGGGAAGGCUCGAGUGAGAGUUGGAAGAGUUUGGCGUCAUGCUCAUGAUGGAUCUCAUCACUUUGUUGAAUGGAAUGUUAGCAUCAGUCUUCUCUCUCACUGUCUCUCUUCUUACCGUCUUGAUGAUAACUCUGAUAUUGUCGCCACAGAUACCAUUAAAAACACUGUUUAUGUGAAAGCCAAGGAAUGUGGAGAUCGGCUCUCGGUGGAGGAAUUUGCCAUACUUAUUGGGAAACACUUUUGCUCAUUUUAUCCACAGGUAUUUACUGCUAUCGUGAAUAUCAUUGAGAAGCCCUGGGAGCGUGUCUCCAUCGAUGGAAAACCACAUUUACAUGGUUUUAAGCUUGGGUCAGAGAACCAUACUACAGAGGCAAGAGUAGAAAAGUCUGGUGCAUUAAACUUAACUUCCGGUAUUGGAGGACUAGCUCUACUGAAGACAACCCAGUCAGGAUUUGAGAGGUUUGUCAGAGACAAAUACACCAUUCUGCCUGAAACUCGUGAGCGAAUGCUGGCCACAGAGGUUAAUGCAUCUUGGAGGUACUCGUAUGAGUCAGUUGCAAGCAUUCCAACAAAAGGACUCUACUUUAGCGAGAAGUUCAUGGACGUUAAGAAAGUUCUGAUGGAUACUUUCUUUGGUCCACCAGAAACUGGUGUGUAUAGCCCUUCUGUCCAACGCACUCUCUACCUCAUGGGAAGCGCCGUACUGAAAAGGUUCGCUGAUGUAUCAUCGAUUCACCUAAAAAUGCCAAAUAUUCAUUUUCUACCAGUAAAUCUUUCAACGAAGGAAAACCCUUCAAUGGUGAAGUUUAAAGAUGAUGUGUACCUGCCAACCGAUGAACCUCAUGGAUCUAUAGAAGCAACUCUAAGCCGUAUAACCUCGAAACUAUGAGGUUUUAAGACAAUACAUCAUACAUGGAAAUAUCAAACACAAUUUCACAGGUUCUGCAACUUUUGGCGUUUGCCUCGUUUAUGAAAUAACAAUUUAAAUGAAGUGUGUAAGGUCAACUUUUGGCUUUUGUUGCAAGAAUAAUACUGUAACUGCAAACAGUUUCACAUAAAAAUGUAGCUUACAUAUAUUAUCACUGAUUCGCAGUCAUGUUACAUUUUUACCUCUCAUUUAGCCAUCAUAUAUGCUCUAAUACGUGCCAUGACAAAUUUAUGAGAAAAUAUAGAACUCUCUUGAACACUCUUACCAAUAGAACUCUCUUGAACCAUAUGAAGAAGUGAUUUUAAGUUUUCUAAAUGAAGAACUCGAAGCAUCAUAUAA